AUGGAAGACGACGAGGACCACCUCUGGACCGCCAGCGAGGACGACGAAAACGACCCCAACUCCAACCCCAACAUCCAACUCAAGAAAGACAUCAAAAAGGCCAAGCAACGGGCCCGUGCCCGUUCCGACCCCGGAGUCGACGCCGACGACAGCGACGAGCUCCGCAGCAUCUGGUCCUCCGACGCCGACAGCGACGACGAGAAAUCCCUAUGGACCGGCGACGAGGGCGACGACGAGGCCGACGUCCCUACCGAUCCCAUCCCCAACGAGCGCAGCGACGAGUACAUCGACCGGCUUUUCGAGUUCGACGAGAAGCCCAAGCACCGGACGCUGGCCCAGGCGAUGAGAGACGAAGAUAAUACGGAGGAGGAGGAGAUGUCUCCAGGUAAGCGCGCGCGCAAGCUGGCGGUGCAGAGUGCGCUGAGGAAGCUGAGAAAGGGGCCGGACGGGCGGUAUGUGAAUGUGUGGGAGGUGAUGAGCGAUUUGGAUGUUUUGAUUGGGGCGUUUGAGAAUAUCGUGUCAGGGCCGGAGUACGAGGAGUUGAGGAAGGGUGGGCCGAAGAAGCUGAACAUGGAGUUUUUUAAGGAAGUGCAGGCAAAGAUGAGGGAUCCGAAUUACGAGUUUUCGCCGGAGUUGAAACUGAGGCCUAAGGGCAAGGUGGUACUGAGGAGGAAGUGGGAGAAGGCGCAGUCAAGGAGGCGUAAGGCGCAGAGGAGGUAG